UCCACCCGCAGCGUGCGUCUCCCGUUCAUCCCUAAAUAGAAGCAGUUCACCAAAACGCAAAAGCAGCAUUACGCAUGACGAUAUGACUUUGGAGGAGCGAUUUUGUUCUUGGAGCCUCGGUGGACCGUGAACUCGGCUCAUCUCACGUAUGUGAUUCGGAGUUAUGUGUGCGCGUCAAAACUAUUUGAAGGACUUGUAAUAAAGGAGUAGCUGUUUAAUGAUAACGGUUUUUUGCAGCUUGGGCGCGUUAUGCUGCACUCCGUAUGUUCCGACCAGGAGCGUUACGCGCACCCUGUCGCUAUGCUUUAGCAGCCAACCCUGGCUGUUUCUGGGAAGGAAGAGGGUGUAAAAUACCAAAGAUGACACAGAAGGACUAUUUGCAAGCAGAAUGAAUCUAGCCCAGUUAAAUCUGCUGGUGGAAAACGUUUCCAGUGAUGAAAACUCCACUGACGCACCGUUUACACUGCCUCACACGGAGGCAGCCACUGCACUCAUCAUCCUGGUGGUUACUGUGAUAGUUUCUGUGACCAUUGUGGGCAAUGUGUUGGUGAUUGUAGCGGUGCUGACCAGUCGGGCACUGCGUGCGCCACAGAACCUUUUUCUAGUCUCUCUGGCAUCAGCGGACAUCCUGGUGGCCACGCUGGUCAUCCCAUUCUCUCUUGUCAAUGAGAUAAUGGGUUACUGGUACUUUGGAAGUACUUGGUGCGCUUUCUAUCUGGCUUUGGAUGUGUUGUUCUGCACAUCAUCCAUCGUGCACCUGUGCGCCAUCAGCCUGGACCGCUAUUGGUCAGUGACAAAGGCGGUAAGCUACAACCUGAAGCGCACGCCUAAGCGCAUCAAGUCAAUGAUCGCUGUGGUGUGGAUCAUAUCUGCCAUCAUAUCCUUUCCUCCUCUUCUCAUGACCAAACAUGAUGAACGGGAAUGUCUGCUUAAUGAUGAGACCUGGUAUAUCCUCUCAUCCUGCAUGGUAUCCUUCUUCGCUCCGGGUCUCAUUAUGAUUCUGGUAUAUUGUAAAAUUUAUAAAGUGGCAAAGCAGCGCUCCUCUACCGUCUUUGUGGCCAAAAACGGUUUGGAGAGGCAGCCAUCUCAGUCAGAGACUUGCUUUGUCAGGAAGGACCGCUUCGAGAUGGAGAGUCCUAGCAGCCAAAGCUCCGGCAGCCAACAGCAGAGGCAGGGGGAGCUGGAUGACAUUGACCUGGAGGAAAGCUGCUAUUCUUCGGAUACUAAACCCCGUCAUCAUCGAUUCACCAAGCGCAGAAAGGUGGAGGGAUCGGACUGCUGCCCACCACAGAACUGCCGCCUCUCCUGGGCUUCAGCUCGGGCGUUACAACCCUGCCCGGAGCAGAAGAACCCAACCGGCCGACAACAGUUGGCCGCGGCCAACAAAACCAAAGUAGCUCAGAUGCGCGAGAAGCGUUUCACCUUCGUACUGGCGGUUGUUAUGGGGGUGUUUGUGUUGUGCUGGUUCCCUUUUUUCUUUACCUACACUCUCCAUGCUAUCUGCAGAGACAGCUGCUACAUCCCUGGUGCACUUUUUAACCUUUUCUUUUGGAUUGGCUAUUGCAAUAGUUCUGUGAACCCCAUCAUUUACACUAUUUUUAACAGGGAUUUUAGGAAAGCCUUCAAGAAAAUCAUAUGUAGGACUUCAAAGCAAACAUAAAAGGUUUUUUGUGUUGCCUCACUCACCCAUUAGUAUGUGAUUGGAAACGUAUUGCUGUAACCCUUCAGCUCAGUGUUCUGCCUCCCCAUCAUUUUAAUGUAAUUAUUAUUAGAAAUAAAAUAAUCCAGUGUUGUGUACACAA